ACGAAAUGCUGUUAUAGCUGCUUCUAUAGAUUAAAUGUAGCAUUUAUUUUUACAAGAAGGACUAUCCAACUCCUAUGUUCACAUUCCUUCGUUGAUUCUGUACGGCAUUGGUUGUCGAUUUUUCUCCCCUUGCAUAAAGCGUCUACACGAAUUGUCUGAAGAAAUUUUACAAAUAAGAUUCUCAGUGUGUACGUCCUAGUCGGAAACUCGACUCAGGGAUAACUAAGAUGGUAACAAACUGAAACUGUAUCAUGUAAAUAUCGAUGAUUGUUAACGUAAAAUCCUGUUUGAUAUAGAAAUAGAGAAACGAUGAGAGUGUACUACUAGAGUGAGACCUCUGGUUUGUUCUCUUGUCGUCGUGAUUCCUGCGCUUGCAAGGAUGACGCAGCAAGAGAAGAGUCCUGCGCCUGGUCGCUCAUCUUGGCAGGUAGUUCAACAAGACAGUCCUUCGCAGUCACCAAAACGCUCGUCCACUCUGGAUAAUGAGGAAAUCGUGGAGAUUUGCAAGCAGAUGGACGAGUUCAUCGACAAUAUUGAGAAGUUUCUUACCUUGCACCACGAAAUUACCAGGGAGAGCACCAGCUUCAGCGUCAAGCGACAACGGGCGCAGAUCGAGUUCCUUCACUUGUCGGGAAAGGUGAAGCCACUUCAUGGAUAAUUGCUAGAACAUUCAUAGGCGAAGGAAGUGCAACGAUGAGUAUGAACGUCGAAUGUCUUCUGCGAAGAAAAGUAAGGACGAAAAAUUGAUAUAAUUUAUAUGAUGUAUCCUGAUAACCAACAAGUGAAUCUGCUGCGCUCGCGUGGCUUAUUGACCAGUCCUCUUUCAGGUACGCGACUUAGUGGUCAAUAAUCGUGAAAGUCGACAAUGCAUGAGGGAUUUGUUCCACGAAACGGACAGAUCGGGCAGGCUUUUUUAUAUACACGACACUGCAGCGCACUUGGUGGACUCAGGACAGGACUUGCUCAAGAAAACAAUCGACUUCGCAGCGCCCAUCCGAAAUGUGAUGGAACAACAGCGGCUAACAGCUGAUUCCUGGGAAAAGCUACACCAGAAAGGGAAGCUCCGAGUAGGUAUGAAGACUAAAAAAUUGUUGACAUACCCGUACUAGGUGCCAAAAGAAGUCGUGUAUCAGUAUAGAAGAAGAAAUCUUCUGAUUCGCUGCUGGCAACCGCAGAGAAGCGCAGCACUUAGAAAGACAGCAGUGGAGCGCUCAACUUGUUUAGCACCCACCUUCUUACACCUGCGAGGCUCAUACAUGAUUUCGACCCCAAUUCCUAGCUGUUAAUUCCGCAUCUACUGCUAUACGUGAACACGAUAUAAGUUACAAUAAAGGUUUUGGACCAGCGUUGGAUGUGGAAUGGAGAAACAAGAUUUUCAGAGAAGCAGGACGAGAAAUAGAGGAAGAGAAGCCACCAGACGAUCCUGAGCCCGAGGAGCAGGUUCUUACUUGUUGUUUUCUACUAUGUAUUGUGGCUAUCUUCGUCGUUUGUUUCCAUUCUUUAAAUGUUCAUGUAUGUAGAUGUACAAGAUCUUUGUGUGAUUCGCGAUCGCGACGCAAAUACAGAACAUCCACAACAACUAUUUUCACUCAGGACGCGUCAGCUGCUGGAGGGGCACCGGCUGCGGAAGACAGUAGUGAGUACUAUGAGAGGGAGACAACUGGCGCUGGACAGCCACAGGAAGAGACAGCGCCGAACGUUACGACUCCUUCAGAGAACGAAGCUUUGCUGAAAAGCCUCAACGAAGCACAUCUAGGUGAAGAUAGCAAGGCCGAAGAGCCAUCUUCCUACUCUUCAGGAAAAGGGGACGAGGAGCAGAACUUGAUGUCACAUGCACCACCCGUUUUCCCCAAUUGUACGCCCUUAGAUAGUGCGGAGCAGGAAAAGGUGGGAUGGGUAAGUUAUCCACGCGGCAGAUACACGGAAUUUCAACAAGGAAAUGUAAGUAACACAAUUUUUGUCCGCCGCCAGGAUGCGUCCGCACUGGGGGUCGACGACGACGUCGUCGGCAUGACGGCGCAGCCAAUACCAAGCUUCGAGCAAGGGUACUUCACUUUUUUUGCUGAUUCCUGCCCGUGCAUCCUGGCAAGUUGGAAAAAGUCCAUCGAUUUGUUUCACUGCUGGAGAGAACCAUCGCCACCAACUACUGUCAACUCUGAGGUAUUAUGUCGAAAUAGAAGUGGGCGCAUUGACGGAAUCGGCAAACGGUUGUAUGGGCCUAGGCGUGACAUUCAUGAAACCGGAUGAGAUAGGUACUUACCUACCAAAGCGCUUGGAGAAGCUGAAACAGGGUUGGUUCUUCACUGGCCCAUAUAAUUAAGGCCCAAAAAUUGCUGCAGAUAACGCAAAGCGAGACUAACAUGUUAAGUAUUUGUAGUAGCGUAGCUACUGCUAGAUAGUAAGCAGAUUGAUCAUGAUGUAGAUGUAGAUGUUGAUGGUACUCAUUCUGAUUCAGUUUUUCUGUUAACAUAAUGUCUGAGUUUUAUAUUGGGUACUGUGCUGGAUUACACGGCUAAUCAUCGGGUGGAACGACGCGGCGAGUCUAUCGACACGGCAAAAAGGACAUCCGAUUUAUACUAGACGGGGAAGAAAAAGACCCCUUGAGAUGGUCGGUCGGGGAUAAGAUGUCCCUCCUCAUCAGACCGAAGGACCCUGAAGAAGACAACUGGCAGUGGACGAUCUCGCUUUACAUCAAUCGCAAUAUCGUUCUGGCAUGUACUAUGAGUAUUUUUGAAGCAGUGCUCAUGUGAUUGUGGGAUCUACUUACUUAUUCAUGAAUGAAAUGCUUCAUUUGCGUGAAGAUGUACUAUCAAUCUGUUUCGGGUGUGAAGAUGUAAGAUGACCUGACCCGCCUUUUUUUCGAAUGUUUUUCAGGUACAAUUGAUGUUCCGCCCCAAGAGGAUGGAAGCUUCGCGGGUGUGCCCAAGAGACUGGAGCUCUAUGCAGUCGCUGAAGCCUACGGUUAUGUUACCGCACUAAAAUUGAAUCCGAUGGCAGUGCCGGAGGGCCUGGCGAUUGCUGGCCUUAAAACGUCCUCGUGAUAGUAUGAAAGGACCAGUAGAGCGCAUAGAAUUCCAAAACUUUUUUUUUGAAAUAUCAGAAUAAUGAACAGCGGUACACUAUCUAGUCCUAGAACAGGCAUGAAUGAAAAAAUAUAACCUCAGAUCGGUGGCACCUCCAAAAUUUAUUUCCCAAUGACUUCUUUUGUAUAUAUUGGCAGAGAUUCUAUGAUUAUUCGGACGAGUACGUCGACGUAGCUCGUGCUCGAGCGAUUCCAAAUUGCAAUGCAGGCCUUUCGGUAAAUACAUUACCAAAAUUUACAGAAAUGUCAUAUUACGGCGGUUUCUCGUCCAUGUGAUCUUCAAUGUUACUCUAAAAACAGCACGGCAGCCGGCUCCUUGGUCAUACAUAUUUGCGUCACGACGAAAGAGGGUGUGUUUUCAAAAGUCCUAGAGCUGGGUGCAGAUCCUUUUUGAAUCUAAUGGUGCGCGGGUGUCGCCCAGGAAUACUUGACAGAAAGGCAUAGGACGAGCGCUCGAGCGAGAAAAGUUCGGGAGCGAUUCCAGUUAAUGUUUAUCUACACAAUUUUGAUAUUGAUCGGGGAGCACUUCUACUUCCGAAGAAUGUAAACGGCGACUCCGAUCGGGCAGAAGAAUUACUCUCGUAAAGGUAAAGCGGCGGGUGUAUCAAUUCCCUCUACUUAUCGCAACAUUGUAUUUUGUAGCACGAUAUGAAGAUGCUUCUGCCUUGAAGUUCUUUGGCUUUGCUAUCUGCUUCGGAUUACGAAGAAGAAUUGAAAAUGUUCAGCGACUGCGUAGGGUCAUUUGAUUUAUUUUCGACAGUCGGAGUUGAUGAAAUUCGAUAAUUUAUAUAUAAUCAUCAACACUCAGUACCAUUUGCAAUCAAGCAUGAGAAGGCGAAGAAAAAGAAUGAGGACUAAAACUUUGUUCGGUGCUGAGCUGAGCAGCAAUUUCCUGACAGCAAUCGAGAAGCAGUAGCACAACGACUCAUUGUGUUGUACGACAAAGUGAGCCGAGGGCACUAUGGCUCAAGCUCUGGCUGAAGAAGAGGAGCGCCCACGCCGCAAGAGGAGUAGGCGGCGGCGCAUCGAACGAAACGAAACUUACAGACAGCGUAUUCUUGGACCGGGAUUCGCACGUCCGC